AUGAUGACACCACCGUUCAAGCUAAUGCUUCUUCAAUUUUUCUACAUUUUAACUCGAAUAUUCUCUGGAAUUCUUUGUCUGGAACUGUGCACUUUCGAUGACGGAACAUGCGAAUGGGACAUCAAACCACCGUGGAAUGUCGUGUCGUUGGCUAUUCUGCCACGCCAUCAGCAACCAGGGUUUCUCAUUACUUCGAAAACUCCAGAUGUCAUCACUUCGGAAGGUCCAUUCCUCCUAGCACAAGGAAAGUUCGCAUCAAUCCCCACAUCUCGAGUCACUUCUCAAAAACUAUCGAAAUCGGAUCACAUGAGAAUAUUGGCGUAUCGAUAUCAAAGAAGAGGAAUGGCUACUUUGAGGAUUCUUCUAAAAAACCAAACGGAUGAAGUUCUUCUCGACACUAUCUCUCCGAAUGAGUUACAAAGAAAUAAAUGGUUUCGAAGGAGUGUAAUAUUCCCUCCGAUCGAAGAAGAUGAUCAAACAAGUGUCGUUUUCGAAUGUGAUAACAUUCAGACUGCUGAAGACGUCAUCGCAGUUGAUGAUAUCGAUGUGGCGACUCCUGCGAAUGUUAUGUGGGCGGGGCAAGACUCGAAAUUCUUCGAUGAGGAAGAUAUCAGGAGGAGGGAGAUGAGGAGGAGUUCUAAACUCUCCAAAGUAUGCACCCCGAUAUCGUGUCACUUCCGUUCGACGAUCUGCUCGUGGCAAUCCUCAAACAUUCAACUUCUUCCCAAUAAAAUAGUGAAUGAAGCAUCCGGAGAAUCCACUCUGACGUCAUCAGCCGUCCGUCUUCCAGUCGAUGAAUCCUCUUUUAUUCAACUCCAAAUGUUUGAUAGUGCCGGUUCGAUUAGUUCACUUUCAUUCAGAAAUAUCGGAUCAAUGAAUGAAAAAACGAUAUGGACUGAGGACUCAACAUCUAAAACUCAAGAGAAUUCUCAGAAUGGAUGGAAUCGAAUUCUGAUUCCAUUGGAUUCAGUUCCGAAGGGAAUUCCUGUCGUUUUGAUACUUAAAUCCAUAACUGGAUCCAAUGAUUUCGUGGCAUUCUCAUCGAUUGAUUUGGUAGAUCAAAACUCGAAAACUAUUACUUGUGACCAAGUAACCUCCCCUGUCCAGCCACAUUCCGGUCAAUUCGUCAGGUUGACAGCUCUUCAAAAUCUGAAAAUGUCACCGAUCGAAUCAAUCCUCUACCAACCGCCCAUCUCUACCACAACUCCAUUUUUCCCGAUUCCUCCCCCAUCGAUUUCUUUCAAUAUGGAUGAGAAAGUAUCCAGAUCUCCAGUAGCCGUUCUUCCAAUUUCUCCCGCCCACGUUUCUGCUCGUGGCAUCCCAAUCGUCCCAGUUAGUACAUUUUCCAAUCCUCUAAUUCCUUUGAGCAUUCCUAAAUUUCCAUUUCAUUUUUAA